AUGGAUGCUCUCUCAUCUAUGCUGAUUCCACCUCUUUAUACCAUUGGUCCUAUCCAAUUACUUCUCAAUCAGAUACCAGAAGAUUCUUUGAGCCCUAUCGGAUACAGUUUAUGGAAAGAAGAAACUGAAUGCCUUCAAUGGCUAAAUUCCAAGGCCCCAAAUUCAGUUGUUUAUGUGAAUUUUGACAGUAUAGCGGUCAUGACACCGCAACAUCUUGUGGAGUUUGGCUGGGGACUUGCAAAUAGCAAGUUUCACUUCUUUUGGGUAAUUAGGUCCGAUUUGGUUAUUGGAGAAUCUGCAUAUUUGCCACCUGAGUUUGUGGCGGAAACGAAGGAAAGAGGUCUAAUAGCAAGUUGGUGCCCACAAGAAGAAGUCCUUAACCACCUAUCAGUUGUGCUGAAUUUUAAAUGUGAGCCCUUGGAUCACAGUCCAAGUGGACAGCUAAGAUGUAAUCUUAGAAUAGAAGAAUGGAUGCUAGAUUUGGAUGAUGUAAUUUGGGAAUAUCCUGUUCCCGACUGUUAUGAGUGCACAGUGGGUGCGUGA